UUUUACUUAAAAUUAUAUUCAAACAUAUAUUGGUAUGAUGUAUAGUAUUUACCGAUGAUAACAUACAAACGAGAGCACGUUUUUAUACGAUACACAUUAUCUUUAUCAAUUGUUCCCCAAACUUAGACAACUACCUAUUGAGAUCCUCUCUCAAUCUUGGUCUCCUAGAUUUUCUCCAUUUCAGUUCGGUUUUGUGAUACAAGAAGGAGUAUUUUUGAUAAUCUGUAAUUUGGAUUGAUAAACGUUUUAGUGAAUUUCAUCGAAAGACGAAACGAUUUAAAAUGGCCAAUUUUGAAAAAACCACAAUGAAGCACCCCAGCAAAAGUUCUGAGAAGAGGCAAUGCAACACCUUUGCUGUCCUCAAACUGCACGGAGAAGAUGUCUUUUCCAGUGUUAAGCGUCUAAGCCAUUGCCAGAUCCUUGUGGAUCCAAGGAGUUUAUAUAUGGGAAUUAUGACGCUUCCAAAUGAAGACCUCAAGCAGGCUGCUAUUUUGCAGUACGAAGUUGCUAGGAAGAAGGGUCUUCAGCACUGGAUUAAGGAUUUCCGCCAGAACUGCCAGUGUGACAUGACAGAGGAUUGGAUAGAUGAGAAUCUGCCUUCUUUGGAUGGCAAAAAAUUUAUGAAAUUGAAAAAGUCUGAUUCAGCCUAUGCUGCCGAACCAUCGCGCGACAUACGUCUGAAGACUGACCCAAGUUUACAAAUUGUUCGAGAAAAUGCAGCAGAGAUAAAGAUGACUUCGACAACAAUAGAAAACUCGGCUGUGUCUGUGACAGAAACACAGAUGAAGAAGGUGGAAGGAGCUUCUCUUCCCACAUCUGCUGCAUCCGCUCCAACUCAUGAGAGGAAUUCUCAGGCUGGAAAAAAGAGAUGGAGCUUGAACAAACCGCUGUCCUGUGGAAGGCAGUCACAGUCUUCUGAGACUGUUUCUAGAACAGUGUAUUUUAGGAGACUUGAUGACAAAUCCUUUAAAAACUCAUCUAUGCAUCAAUCCUCUAAGUCAAGACAAAGGGAUAAUUUUAAGAGGAACAAAUGUCCGAACACCAACACAGAUGAGGGAGUAUCCACUCUUUCUACUGCCACAACUAGCAGUGAGAGUGCUGCAUUUCGAAAGGUUGUAUCGAAUAAAAGAACUUUAUCAGUGACAGUUAAUAUCGAGCAACCUUCAAGCAAAUCAAAAUCUCUCCAAUAUUCAGAGUACUGCUUGUUGUCCACUUGUUCCUCUUUAGAUAAAAAAGUCAGACGUCAUUGCACCCAGAGGCACAUGCCAGCAAUGUUCCAGAUAGUGUCAACUGACUCUGAUAAUGUUGUCCAGUGUGUUCAAGCUUUAAGGUGGCUGAUCAGAACUGCUCUUGGAGAACAAGCCACCUUAAAGGAUGCAAUGGAUGCAGUCAACCAGGCAAAUAAAAUCCCCUCAACUAUUGCCUUAAACCCAUUGCAUACAGAUUUAUUUCGUCAGGCCUGUCGUUUUCUGAAGAUAGAUGAGCCUAGAAAAUUCACACUUCACCCAGUGAAUUCCCCAGCCGUUUUGUUGUUUUGGAGAUGCAUCAUGGUACUUUUGGACCAAUGUAACCCAUCUCAACAGAAGGAGUUCAUACAUUUUAAAUCACCCAGUCCUUCCACUUCAUCUAGUGCUCUUGUGAGUGUUCAACAUGAUUCAGACUCUGAAUUGCCACCAGAUCUGGUAGAGUACAAUUUGCCAGCUGAUUCGAGUUCUGAUGAAAUGGAAGUAGCCAAACCUGGCGAGUAACCAGCUAUGUUUGACAGCAACUUCCACUUGGACCACUCAAGUCAGAAGAUCUAAGGAGAUUACAAAGAGUUACUGUAGACAUUUGAGAAAAGCUGUUGCUGGAGAUGGAUGUCCCUUACAUUCCCUCAAGUACAGCUAGAGUCAACAACCAGCAUACAUAUGGAAGACCACUUCAUAUGCUACAGACCUUUUGGAACUCUAGUACGCAUACAGGCCACACUGGACAGCGCCCUUGUCUUGCAUAGAAUAUAAAAUCCCCAUGCAAAAGGCGCACAAAAGAUUUCAUAUUGGAGUCUUGCAGAAGAUUUCAUAUUGGAGUCUUGCAGAAGAUUUCAUAUUGGAGUCUUGCAGAAGAUUUCAUAUUGAAGUCUUGCAAAAUAUUUCAUAUUGGAGUCUUGCAGAAGAUUUCAUGUUGAAGUCUUGCAAAAUAUUUCAUAUUGGGGUCUUGCAGAAGAUUUCAUAUUGGAGUCUUGCAGAAGAUUUCAUAUUGGAGUCUUGCAGAAGAUUUCAUAUUGGAGUCUUGAAGAAGAUUUCAUGUUGGAGUCUUGCACAGGAUUUCAUGUUGGAGUCUUGCAGAGGAUUUCAUGUUGGAGUCCUUUUGCAGAAUAUUUGAUAUUUGGAGCAGAUUUCAAAUUGAAGUCUUCACAUUGGAGUCUUCUUAUUGAACCCUUUCUGCAAAAUAAAGUCACACUGGCAUUUUAAGAUAUGCUUCGUGUAUAAAUCAAAGUGCUCAUAGCAAUGGUGGAAGGAUU